AGGAGCAACGGAAUUUGGGAUUCCCAGUUUACGAUAAGGACAGAAUAGCACCACCUUAUAACAAAUAGGAUCUGCUUAUACACUUUUUUUUCAAUUCAAUUGUUUCCCAUUUGUGGAUUUCUUCUCAGCUUUUUGACAUCAUCAUGACUUGGCGGGACUUCUCUUGUGAAUUAUCGCAACUUUUCUUGUGAUUUUGUUGGAUUUUGUUAAGUUUUGUUGGAGUACGUUGACGUCUGCUCAGUAAUUGAGGAUGGAGUCGCUGUGUUGCUCCCCGUUAAUCAGUAACACGUUGUUCAUACCACAGCCUAGAUAUCACUAUUCAAUCAUGAAAAGAGUUGAGGAAGAAAACCUAAGCCUGGCCAAACGGGACGAAGGCCAGCUGUUUAAAGAGAGAAUGAAUGGUUUCCAUGACGACAAUGUCGGCAACAGUGGUCACCAUAGCAACAGCGGUUCCAUGAACGGUGACCUUGACACCAAGGCUGAGGGUGAGACGAGCAUGGACACUGACGAAAAGGCGCUGGAAAAGGAUGUUGAUGUUGUGAUGGAGGAGAAUAAAGAAUCAGAUGCUUGCGAGCUAAAGUCUGAUGAGCGCUUGCCGUCGCCGAGUCUGAGCGAGGAGGACAAGAUUAAGGAGUUCAUGAGUCGCAGUGACACAGCCGUCAUCUUCCCAGAGCCCGUCAGUGAUCAGGAGGAUGUCGAACCGAGCGAUCAGAUGGACCAUGAUAAUGCAAAUGACGAUAGCUUCCUGUUGAAGUGUCAUCACUGUGAUAAAGUCUUCCCUCGUCUCUACAUCCUCCAAGAUCACAUGCGCACAUUCCAUGGGAACGCAAUCGAUCGAAACACGUGUCCAAAGUGCAACGAGAAAUUCACCAACAAAGUCUUAUUGGACAAACACAUGGCGCUACACUCGAUCACGUCACAAUCGUGCAAAGUCUGCCAUAAAACGUUUGCGAAUAUCUACCGAUUACAACGUCACAUGAUCAGUCACGAUGAGAGUUCCGACCUUCGUAAAUUCAAAUGUCCGGAAUGCGGAAAGGCAUUCAAAUUCAAACAUCAUUUGAAAGAGCACGUCCGGAUUCACUCGGGUGAAAAGCCGUUCCAAUGUUCGCAUUGUUUGAAGCGGUUCAGUCAUUCAGGCUCAUAUUCAUCUCAUAUGACGUCCAAGAAGUGCUGGCCGUGGGCGAAGAACAUAGUGAAUCGACGUCUCGGCGGGAAAGAGACAAGUCCGCAGAAAUUAGAACAGGAUUUGGACCAUCACCCAGUGUCCUUUGCAAAUCAAUAUGCAAAUUUCCCGCGGCCCUUCAUAUCACAGUGUCCACCGUUACCACCCCAUUUUGCUCCGCUGUUGAGCGGUAUGCAGCCUUUCUUACCGUAUGGCCCGUUCCCAAGUCACCUGUUAGCUCCCAUGAUGCACGGUUUGCCGAGUCCGAUUCCCUGCCUGCCGCCAAAUUUUGGCAAGAUCCAUCCGUUUAUGAAUGAUUUUGAGAAGACAAAGGAGAAGAUGGGAUUUGAGAAGCAUAGCGUGCAGUCGCUACUUGGGUUGAAGGAGAGGGACCUGGAUCAUGAGGAGAAGAUCAAAGAGAUCAAGGAUGAGGAUGAUGGGAGCCAAUCAGAUACCGGCAAAGAAGACCUGGAUGACAUAGAUGGCAAUGCGCAGAAGUCGAGACGGAAUUCUGUCGAUGCUCACAGUGUUGUGAAUGAAGAGAAAAAAGAUCGCGGAUUAGAAGUCGAGGAUGUGUCAGAUGCAAGGGAUUCUGGGAAUGAUUUAGACUCAGUUAAGCGAAUUCUUGAGAUUGUUGAAAGGACGGUCACAAAACAGAAGGAACAUCAAACGAAAGAUGAGAAGCGCGAAAUCAGUAAAUUGAACGGUGUUUCACUCUCAAAUGGUGAAGGUGAGAAUGUGUUAAGUCAGGACUCAGGCAACGACAGUGAGGACACGAAACUUGCUGAGUGUAUCUGUAGUUACUGUGAUGAAAAAUUUGACAGCGCGGUCAAACUACAUCAGCAUGAACGCUACUUGUGCACAAAAAAUAGCAGUAUUUUAGAAAUGAAAAACAAUUGGUUGAAAGCAGAACCAACGAGAAAGGGGGAGUCUAUAGGCAGCAAACUUGACCUUGAGGAAGAGGAGGGGAAGGGGCAGAACUUUGACUUGAUGUGCCGGUUUUGUGACAUCGUAUUCAAGAGUGCAGUUGACCUGCACCAGCAUGAGCGGUAUCUGUGUAAAAAUAACACUGACAUUCCUGUAAGUAAAGAGAAAAUGGCUGACGAAAAGGAGGAGCGCGAGAAUGUUGUCAAUGACGAUGGACAACGAAAUAGCUCAGAUGAGGAUGAUUCUGAAAAUGAGGAAAAAGAUGGCGGUGAGAAAAUCAAAUGUCGUGUUCGAUCGCUGAUCAGCGAGGAACAGUUACGGGUUUUGAAGUCUAUGUACGAAAUCAAUCCUCGGCCACGCAAGUAUGAACUGAUUCGUAUCGGUAAUGAAAUUGGCUUCCCAAAACGUGUUGUACAAGUAUGGUUCCAGAACAUGCGAGCACGCGACAGAAAGCGCGGCAAGGAGGUUCCGUACUUUCCAAAUAUGGCACGUUCCCGUCGGCCCGAGGACAUGGCCUCGCCUGAGAGCUUAGACUUUGCGCAAAAAUCAUCGCCAUUCAUUCCCAUGAUCCCGCAGCAUUUCAACGGUGCUCAGUCAGCGAGUUCGCUUGUCAUUCCGCAGAUCCCACCUCCUCCUCAUGCACAUAGCUUUAACCCCGUAUUCAUGAACUCGAUCAGACCGACCGUCACGCCACCAAAGAUCCCAUCAUCGUCACAGGCUGAACCAUUAGACUUGUCCGUCACGAAGCGUUCAUCGCCGUCACCGGCACAUUGCAGCAGCAAGUCACCCUCUCUCAACGGGAGCUGUGGUUUGGAGAGCGUUCUCAACUUGAGCAUCAAGAAAGAGUCGCCUUCGAUGUCGCUCAGUGAAGCAGAACAUCGAUACAUUCUCAAAAACCCCACAAUGUUUCCCUCGAUGCAUUCACCUUUGUCGAACACGGAAAGUCGUGGUUUCAUCUACAAUAAGACUCUAGAAAACGGACUUCAUAAUUCCAUCGACAGGAACGGAAACCUGUGCUCGAACUCUAAACUGUCACCAUUCGAUUCACGCAUUCCUAAUGUCAACAGUCACGGCAGCCAACACACCACGGAUGAGUCCAGUUGUGAUAAUAGUGUCGAUGGUCACCCACUAGAGGGCAGCUUGAACUCAUCUCCCGGGAGCUUCUCCGAUUCUGUCUUCAGUCAUUCCACGAAUCAUUCCUUUGAUGAAUUUGGCAAGUUUUCAAGAGAGAAAAUGAUGAGAAUGGACCACCGAGAGUACUCGCCAGACUUCCUCGAUGGUCUGAUGGAUGAGGAUGGCCCCGGAGGCAAGAAGCGCCGAUCGUGGAAACAUCAUAAGGUCGACGAAGGGGAAGGCAUGUACGCAUGUGACCAGUGUGAGAAGAUGUUUAGUAAGCAGAGUUCGCUCGCUAGACACAAGUACGAACAUUCCGGAGCUCGGCCGUUCGCCUGUGACAUCUGCAGCAAGGCCUUCAAACACAAACACCACCUGACCGAACACAAACGACUCCAUUCCGGUGAGAAACCAUUCAUGUGCAAGAAAUGUGGAAAACGUUUCAGCCAUUCCGGGUCGUACAGCCAGCACAUGAACCACAGAUACAAGUAUUGUAAGCCGACAAACGGGAAAAUGGAUGACGACACUGAGUCUGAAACCACUGAUAUAGCUAUGAUGGUAUAGGGGGCACUGCACAGAAAGACUGGUCAGAACUGUGGGUCACAUGGUCUUGCUGUUGAUGAAAAGACCUUCCAUUUCCAGGUUGACUAACAUUUGUGUCACAGAUUUAGGAGUUGAUAGUUUUACCAGUACAUUCCAAACAUAUGGUAUAAACAAUGGGUCACAAACAUAUUCAGCUGUCAAAUAAUUUGCAAGUGUGUCUGUCAUAAGUAGGGGGUGAAUUGGAUAUCAGCCGGGGCAGUAUAAGGCGAUCUUUCUCUUCCAAUCAGUGAAGUGAGGCAUUCCGAAAACUUUUCUAAAAAGUUUGAGAUUUUUAUCAUCUGAUUAUCUUUAUCCGAGUUUAAGCAGUGUCUUUGUGUCAUUUCUACAUACUCUGGAAACCAAGAUUAGUUGAUUAUCAUCAUGUGUUGCUGGGAACACUCAGACACUCUGUAGAAAAGAGAUUUUUGAGAAUUUAGAACUAUGUGUUUACUAUUCUAUGUGAUUUUCCAUAUACAUGAAUGUUGGGUGUUCAUUUCAUGUGUAUGUUUCAUUAGUAUGAUGUAUGUGUUUAGAUGCAGAAUCUAUGUGUAUGUAUUCAGAAACUGCAUUCAGUUUGUGAUUUUGAGACUUGAAAAUGUUGGCAUCCUGCAGACGAUUGUCUGUACAAUCCCUAAUCAAGGGGUCAGCAUCAAAAUGAUGAGAAAUGAAUUGGAAUUUUACAGUUGUUUUACUGAGAUAAGUCUAUACAAUAUUUAUGCAACAAGUUUGAUCUUGAACAUAUCCAUCAAAACAAUAACCCCUAAUGUUUUUUUGGAGGAAAAAAGUAUAGUGGCAAAAGAAUAUGCUUCCUUUUCUGGAGUGCCAAGGAUAAAUUUAAAUCCAAACAUCAAGUAGGCCUAUAGUCUUUUAUGCAUGAUUAAAAUGUAAAUGUACCAAUUUUACUAUCGCGGGUGUGUUCUUUUUAUGAUCGAAUAUGCAUUUCGUGUUUUUCUUUACAAUGUUAGUGCACAACCAUGAUGAUCAAUGAAAUUAAUGAAACUCUUUUUUACUCAAGAAUAACGGCCAUUGUGAACUUAGUAGUUAUGUUUCAACUCAAAGUGUGAAGAAAUUCAAUAUUCUUAACUGUUGGUCAGUGCUUAGACGACAAUUGGCGCCUAUUCGCACUGCAGUGAUACACAGAAAGAGGGAAAAACAACUUCCUUUUUAGGAAAAAGUCAGUCAGUUGAAACAGAUUUAUUGAGUCGCAUUGGUUCAAAUUCUUAGCUGUUCACUUGUUGAGAUAUGCAAAUUGUAGAUAGGUCAAAGGUCAGAGUCAUGAAUAAUGCAUGCAAGACGUUUGCUCAUGUACUAGCGAAGAGGCAGUGCAUUUAAUAGCAUAAACCCUGAGUGCAAUCCUUGAAUGUAGCCAGAACCUUAGUAUUUUUUUAUUACAGUUUAUCGUUUAUUUGACAGUUCUAGGCCUACUCAUUUUGUUUAUUUAUACCUCAGCUCAAUCCUAAUCAUUACUAGAAAGUAUUUGCAUGAUGUUGAGAAGCACCUACUGUCAGUUUACAAGGUCAAACUCUUUAAAGGGAGGAUAUAGACAGGAGAUAAUGGGUCAAAUUGGUAGUCUUCGUGUGACUAAAUCUGACCUACCUCGCUCCUGCCUUAAAUCUCUCUUUGAAAUUUUAUGAUCCCAUUUUUUGUCUUCCUCAGUUUUUGCUCAUGUGAAUGAAUGACUCAUUUUUUUGUGCUUCCAGUGUAAAAGGUGGUGGUGCCUCCGAAGUGUUCGAUAGAGAACAUUUAUGAUAAAACAAUUAAGCAAUGGAAUUUGGUUUUUCGAUGUUGCUCCAAUUGGAAAAUUAUAGUGAAAAAAUGAUCAUCUGUAAAAUUUGAGAUUUAGAAGUAUUUAUAUUCACGGUGCAAUUUCUCUUUUAUUCAAUUCAGAUGGCGCAUUUAAGUCAUUUGAAGGAGAUUCUCGAAAAAACAGUGCAAUAUUUGAUAUAGGUCUGACGGUCUUUGCAAUCUGGAGAUGGAAUCUCAAUGAAGUUUAGACAGUUAAAUUUUGUCGGUGUUCAGAAUGUUGAUUACUAUAUAUGUAUCUUUUCAUGCUUCCAGUUCAAUACGUGUGUAGGUAACAAACCAGUAUUCAAGCGAUCUUCCAAAAAAUCAUGACAAUUAAUUUAUGCUUUGACCCCGGGUACCUCGGUCUGAUAUUUGAAGUGAAAUACCUAGUCUUUUUGAGGUUUGUCUUGGUCAGGGCCCUCUGAAAGCUCCACUCAGGACUGCCUCUAUAACCUUAUGAAAACAUUAAUGUUUUAGAAUUUAAGAAUCAAAAGUGAUGAUCGAUUGACUUUCAAGAUGGCGACAUCGGCUCUGAUGCUUAUUAGGCCUUGGUACUUGGGGAUUAAAAGCUUUGAAAUGGCUCAUUUUGACUUUGAAUGAGAGAUGAUGAGUGCUGAAAAACUCAUUGAGAACUUUGUAAUAGUCUUGAAAGUAACUUUGAAGCUCAUUAAUGCUCAGUGUAAAACCAUAAUUCCUUGACAGAAGAACAUAGAAGCAUUUUGGUGGAUGACUUGAAAUUCGUUGAAAAUGCUUGAGUUUUUUCCCAAGGUCGUCCUCUCUCAUUGAAAGUUACAAUUAUCAUUGUGCUUCCAUUGAAUUCAAGCUGACAACAUUCGUAGUUCUUCCAAAUUAUCGUGUAUUAUAGUAAGUUACUCAAGUGUAAAUCAUUUUUAGACAGUAUUUAUAUUGCAAUUAAUGUUAUUAGAUGUAGGAUAUACCUUUUUUGAUUAUGAGUUUGCAUUGAGGUGCAAUCAGUCAUCACAUGGACUACAAUCAAUGAUUGGUGUGACCAUUAACCUAUGAAACUACUGGUUUUACUCGCAGACGACUUAAAUCUUUUUCUCGCUCAUCGUUGCAAUGAUUAUCGCAGGUUGCAGCUAUAAAUGUUGCUUGUUUGCCAACGAAGUGCAACCAUGAAGAUAUCCCUCAGUAAAACGCGAAUGCUUUCAUCACUUCUCAGCACAUACACUCAUGCAUAGAUACUCCAGUUAUGGUGUUUUAUUCAAAAGUUCUAGUCAAUUGUAAUCUCAGGUGGGAUAAAAACUGGUGGAGACGGGCAUCCUUACAGAGAGGGGCAUUGCCCAUCACUUGACAGAAACGACUGACUCAGACAAGGAAAGGUUUAUCGCUCGACUGACAUCCUAUAUUGAGUUGCCAGAGUCCGUCUGAAUCUCGUUAGCAAAAGAUGAGUUCCUCUAGUCAACGCAUGUACAGAUUCAAAAAAACCCUUUUAAAAUCUUUGGUCAGGUUUCGGGGCUUUUUCUUCAUGCUUGAUGGUCUCUUGGUGGAGGUAGUCUUUCUUUCCUAUGCAUGGGUGCAUGAUGAAAUACUAUUGGAUAUAAUACACCCCAUUUUCUUUAAAAGACGACAUAAAUUCUAUGAAACUGAAAUGAUUUGAAUAUAUAUUUCUAGUUUUGGUGCUACACGGUAAAAUCAAGCGUUGCCAUGGCAACUAGUAGUUUAGUUUCUUAAUUAUUGAACCAAGUCAUUCUGGGAAAUUGUGCAAUUUGAAUAUUCAAAUGUAGCCAUUUUUGUAUUGAGCCAUAAUAUUUAUCAUGUAACGUUUACUUUGGUUGCCACGAUAAAUCACCAUGGCAACCAGAAAAGGCCAAUCACAGUGCAAUGACUUUUGCAUGAUACGAGUAGUUAGUAUGCCAUGUAUUCUAUAAUAUGUAUUUUGUUGCCGUGGAAUCAUGUUUCCAUGGUAACCAGUGAAAUGAAGGCCAAUCAGCUGUGCAAUUAUUCUUUGGAUAGUAUUCGAUUUUAGAAUGCCAUUUUUGUUUUUAGUUGUUUUCAUGUAACCAUGGUAACCACAUCAGUUUCCAUGGUUACCAAGCAAAAUAGUCUGUGCAGUGGAGCAAUGAAUCUCACUUUUUCUAGGGAAAAAUUCCUUCUGUGCAUUUGUUUUUUAGGAAUCAAUUUGUCAGCCUAUGCACAGAAUUAUCUUGUUUCAGUGGGUGAAAAACUUGCAGCAAUCGACAAACAAAAUUAAAACUUGCUUGUAGAAUAUCUAGGACUUAUCUGUGUAAAAUUGAAUGUUGUGUUCUUUAGUUCAUGUCGUUGAGAGUAUCUCCCAUAAAAUGUAAUCACUGUGAAUUAACUUUGUUGCACUUAAUGAUCUAUAAUCAAACUAAAAGGUGGCAAAAUUCUGUCUUUUAGAUCUGUUUCUUUGAAUUGAUUUUCAGUAAUUGGAAAUCUUCCAUGAGAUUUAGAUUUGAAUAGAAAAGCUCCACACCUGUCAUUUAGUUAGUCACUUGCUUUCCCUGUCAUUGGGAUAGUUGUUCAUGUUGAUUAAUUGUUCUUUGUUAUAUGAUUGACAGGUUGAUUCAUUUGAUUGACACAUCACUAAUUGACCAAUUAAGGUUUCUCUGAUUUGAUUCGUUGAUUGAGAAUUAAGUAUCCAUUUAUGCAGCAUUGAUAUUAUGUAAAUUUUGGCAAUCACUUGUGUAAAGUUCUAGAUCAUUUGAAUUUCUCCUUGUAUAUUUUCAACCUCUGUCCUUGGAAGCCGCUUUCGACUUUAGAAAAGGCAAAUGCUAUGUGAAAUCAACAAAUACUUGCCUGAAUUCAAGCAUGAUUUAUCUGCAGAACCAUUUUGUAAAGUCAAAACCUGCUUUUAGUCAAGUCUUCGAUGUUCAUAUGUACAAAGUUAAUCUCUAGGUGCAAUUCGUCACUGAUCAUAGGAUUGUAGAUAUUGGUGUUUAGACCUAAUGCCCUUGAAUGUCCAGUGUAAUGUGAUGGUGGUAACCAUAGUAACCCAUGGUUUCUUAUUUGUUCUUCUAUUAUUCAGAUUCUAUGUGUAUAUUGCCCGUUUAAGUGGACAAAAGCCAAGUUGCUUGUUUUUAGCCAUGGUCUGUGCAAGUAGUGCCACUCUCUUAAUUGUAAAGUUAGUCUGUCUCGCAUAUUAUGUUCGUCACAUCGUUUGGCUGCAAACAAGAGCACUAGGCAUGCGCCGUUCGUAAAAAAGUUUGAUAUUGUAACUGAAUUUGAACAUUUUCAAUUGCGGAUAAACGUACUGAAUUAAAACUUCAGCAUUGCUGUUGUGUAGACUGAUCUACAAAUACUAUACAUGCCAAGUUUCAGCAAAUUUGUAUGCAUACUGCACUAUCAUUGUGUAUAAUUGGAUUUCUAUUUUGAUUUACUGGACAACGAUUAAUUACGAACGACGUAUGCCUUUAAAGUUGAGGUGGAGACGGUUUGGAGCUCCAGAUGUGCACAUAAAGAUGCUAUAAUGAGUUUUGUCCACACUUCUAUUAGCUAUUUUUCUGCUUGACCGUUCCAGUAGUCAGUUCAGGGUCCAGGCAUUAUAGGUGGCAGUGUUCAUGUCAGGGGGCCUUAAAGUUACCAUUUGAGGCAAGACCGGUCAAAAUCUUUUCCAGAAUGAUUUAGUUGCCAUUUCACAAUUCAUUUAGAUUCCAAUGCGAAACAAGAUUAUUGUCUUCGAGAAUUGACCUUGGGUGAGUUCUGUGUCUUGUCUCAAACUAGUUAUGCCUUUCCCUGGCCAUGAUGAUUGCCACCUUAAUUGAGGAUCAAGCUUUGCACAAGCGACAUCUUUAGAAGUUUGACAGUAUUUUAAGUCCUGAUGUCAGUAUUAGUGUAUAGCCAACCAAGUCCCCAGGCAUAGCCAGGCUGCAAGCAAGAGAAAUACUCAUUGCUUGUGCAGCUGGACAUGACCUGGGUUUGGGUUGGAUAGAUGGAUGCAUGUAUAGGUAUUUUGACAUAUAUUGUCGAUUUUUGCACUAGCUGUUAUUCCUGGGAUUGUAAGAUACAAGUAUGGCUUUAGCUGAAUAUUCUCAAGCAAUUCUCAUUCAAAUUUUUGAUCUGUGCUCACUAUCGAAAUGUUUGCGGGUUUCUGAAAUGUUCUUGGCAUGUCUUCUUAUGUGUACAUUUUGCCAAAACUAUUGCCAUUUCAAAGGGCAUUUUAUAAUCGAGAAGUAAUAAGGUACUGGGACCAAUUCCAUGUAUCUGAUUGGUUCAUUCAAAGAUCAUGACACCACAUCACCUCAUUAGCAUAUGUAAAUAAGCAUAAACAUGUAAAUUAUGCGUACUCAUUAUCAAGGAACCAAUCAGAAGGUAUGAUUACUUAAUUAUUCAGAAUGGAUUGAUGGAAUAGGCCUACUUAUGAUGUUUUUUCUCUCAUUUUAAACAUAUGUCACAAAUCUAGUAAUCAUAUUCCAGCAAUUUUCCGAAACGCCCUGUGUAAGCAGUAUUAUGCAAUAUCUGUGCAUUCUAUGAUAUUGCGAUAAACAGAGGGGGUUCUGGGAAGGUUUCAGUAGAGAUUCACUUCGAUUUCUAAGAUUGUGCGGAUAAAAACUUUUCAAAUGUGUUAGGAGAUGUAAUGAUUAGAAGAAUGUAAUUGAGAUUUAUGCAAAUUUGAAUGUGAAACUUAUGGGAUUCAUUUUAACUGUUAUUAAGAAUUCAUUACAUUUCGAUGUUUCCUGCUAUAUCUUUGGCUAUCAUUGUAAGUAAGCAGUUUUAAUCUACAAAUGUUACUUGUUUCAGCUCAAGUUUGACCACUUAGGCAGUGCUUUACUAAAGGGACAGAUUGAAAGCUAAAUCACUGUCCGGAUGGGUCCAGCUUUGGUUGAAAUAAGCCAUUUGCCUCUUGAUCGGUUUUACAAUAGAUCUUGAACGUAAUGGGUUUUAUGGCAAAAUUUCUGCACAGGCAUUUUACUUUGCUCCAAACUAGAUGUACAAUUCUUGUCUGUUAUUUUGUCAAUCAAAAUAAGGAAACUCGAACAUAGUGUACUAGCAAGCAAUGACGUGUAUAAACUCUUAUGUACCUUUUCAAUGGUUACAUUCUCCAAUAGCUUAAACUAUCUACCAAAGUAUUUUAAGGUAAUAAACUAUUUACUCUGAUGGUAAUUAGCAUUAGUAUGGUAAUUAGUGUUAAUUACCACAAUAAGCAAUAAAGGCUAUCAUUACUGACGUUGCAUUAAUCCACUAUACUCAACACUUCGAUAUUUCAUAAAAUGAAAAUAAAUCUGAUUUGUUAAA